AGUAAUUUGCAUCACAACUGGUUCGCCCUCUUUGUCUACGAGAAUUGAAUUGAGAAUUUUCAUGAGAACCGGAGAAGAAGAUAGAAGUCAAAUCUUUAUUCCAAGAGGUUGCUUUUCGAAUUCUGCCCAGGAAUUUUUAAAGGGUGACGAAACUUAAUUCCAGCGCGACAUACAGGAAUGAAGGAACGGGAGGUCAUCUAACUAUUGAAAGGUAAGAACAUUUGUCACAUGAUAAUGAGCAGAAGCAUCAGUAGGGUGGAAAAUGGACCAGUCAGGCCUUUGAAAAUGUCUCGAAAAAGCAGUUCUCGCAAGAGAAUUAAAGGUGGAGGAUGGAAAGGGGAACUUGUCUUCGAGCCUGGAAUAUCGACAUCCUUUUAUCUGACGCAGGGUUCCCUAAUAGAGGAAUUGAGCGAAUUUAAUGGGAUUGACGAGUUUGAGGAACUUCAAAAAAUUUGGCUUUAUAAAAGACCUCUGAAGAAAGGGCAACUUACCCAGUUUAUUUUAAACCAUCAGUUUGUCGUGAUACGUUCGAAGCAUUGGUAUUGGUCCAUCGAGAAACACUGUGACAAAAUUCUCCUUCAAAGGAACAAAAGUUGUAUCAUGGUCAGAGAAUACGAAGAGGGAAUCCUCAGAAACACUCCAGUGGUCGAAAUAAAACAUGGUGGUAGCAAAGGAUCUAUGCAAGAUUUGAUCAAGUUUCUUUAUCGCAAGGACAAGCUAAAGAAAGCAUACCAUUGGAUGGAAGAUAAUUGUAAAGACUUAGCAAAUCGAGUGUUUAAUGAAUUUGUGGUCGAGGGUUCGGUGGGUAGAUCAUGGCAUAUUUGGUGACAUUGACACUUUUAAUGAAUAGCCUCAUAACAGGAAUAACAUUCUUUAGUGUCUAGUUUAAAUGAACCUCUUUUGAACAACACUUUGAACCAACAGUAUUCUUAUCUUUAACUUGGUCUCUUAAAGAUUGUAGGGAUCUUAGCUGCCACCGCAUGACGAUCUGCUGGUUGUGCCCCAUCACCCACCCCCACCCCCAUUGCAACGCUUCUUUGUCGUCGUUUUCGUGUCGUUACUUCAAUAAUUUUAUCGACGUAACCAGCAGUUUAAAAACUAGCUUAUAUUUCAUACUUUCAUGUAGAAAAAUAGCCGACUUCAUUUUAAAGUUGUUUUUGUAAACGCCACUGCGCACCUUUCCUGCCGUUCGACUUGAUCAUAAAUGAGAUCACGCGUAGCCGAGUAUAGUUUCUUCGAAGUUGUCGUGAAAUUCCACAAUAAGAGAUUUCCCCAUCGUUUUAAUGAUUCCAUCUUUUGUGUAUGUU